AAAAAUUGGAACCCGAAGUUUUGCAAGGGUGAAUGUUGAAAACUAUCUUUGCAUGUAAUUGGAAAAUAAAAAGCUAUUAUUUUUUAAAGCAUUUAUAGGCAGGUUACUCUCACUAUCUUAGCCACAAACUCCAGGACGGCCUGCCUACGCUCAGCUGCCUCCUUGGACACCGGAGAUCCGUGUUUGUGUCUUGGUUGCUUUGGGUAAAGCACCCCAGAGACCUGAAAUCCCCGAAGUGAGCCGGAGGCAGGCGGGAUCUGAGGACUCUGCUCAGAGGGUGCGGCAGGGGCAGGCCCACAGAGAGCUGAGCGGGAAGAAGGAGCUGAGGGGCAGGUGGACCACAGGUUUGCAGUCUCGGGGAGUUCGCUGCAAAGGGCAGCGUCUGCUGGAGUCAGGGCGAUCGCAGCUCCCCCUUCCCCCCGACUUUCUAGCCUCAGAAGAGCAAAGUUUAGCGCUCGAAGGACAGCGAUCAGUAAGCUGGAAUUGUUGGGGCACUUAGAGACAUCGCUUGAGGUUCAGAGAGGUCGCGGACUUGGCCGAGGUCGCCCUAACACAGGGUUCCGAGUGGGGUUCCAGCCCAGCCGCCCGCCCUCCCAAGCCCAGCGCUCUCCCCCCUGCCCGGAGCUGGGGCUGGUAUUGUCGGCCCCGCCUUUCCCCGAGCCAGGCGCUGCCGGGGCGCCCUGGGCUCUGGCCUUGGAGCCGGGGCCCGGCUCCGCGCUGCCUUCAGCGAAUCUCCCGGCUGGAGCAGCAGAGCCGGCUCCCCUCCCUGCCUUCUUCCUUUGGAAGCCUGGACUGGCCGGUCUUCAGCCAGUUGCCAUGGAGACCGCCGUACACAGGACAGCGGCACGCGGGGCUCGCGGCUGGUCAUCUGCCUCUGAACCUGAGCAGCGCCCCUCAGUCCGGCUCCCCUUCUCCUCUCCACGGAGGGUGAGACGCCUCCUCCAGCCCCGAAGAACAGCAAUCAUGAAAGCUUUUUUAAAAUGUUCCGAAGGCUUUAUUUUCCUGAGAAGAUACACUACCAUUGGAAGGCAUGAAAAUUCUGACAUUGUUUUAAAGACCCCAGAUAUUGACAACCACCAUGCCCUCAUUGAGUUCAAUGAAGAGGAAGGCAGCUUCAUUCUUCAGGAUUUCAAUUCCCUCAGUGGGACCUUUGUCAACAACUGCCACAUUCAGAACGUAGCGGUGAAACUGAAACCAGGGGAUGUCCUGCGGUUUGGAUCCAGGGGGCUCACCUAUGAACUGGUCGUGGAGUUCCUAACCUCAGGGCGGUACACAUCCUGGCCCAGGAUGUUGGAGCAAUACCCCAGCCCGGCAUUCACCACACAGCUCCCCAUCCUCCAAAACCGUCCAGUGAGUGCUCACAGAAGCUUGUCCCAAGAAGUGAUGGAAGGCACACAGCCUCGUCCGCCUGUGGAAAAGAGGCCGACUAGUGCCGGAGGAAGAAGGAUAGUGACUGUUCCUUCAGAUUCUGUUGGCAGAUCUCCUGUUAAACAAGUCUGGACAACUGGAGAGUCGAUCUGGUCAUCUGAUGAAGGUUUCUUGAACCCAGAACAAUGCUCUACAACACCCCAUGAAAAGGGUCAAGUCAUGCAAGUGAGUCAAUCCCACGUGGCCAAAAUACCCCAUCUGGAAACCCAACUCAUUGACCUCUCACACCUGGAUCAGUCCCACCAGAUCAAUUUGUCAUCCCUGGAUCAGACUCAGCUGGUCACCAUUGCCAAUGAACUCAGCACCCAAGAUGACAUCAUUCAGCACCUGGGAGAAGAAGUCAGUCGCCUCUCGAGCUUCGAGAUGGAAUCCAAACACAAAGACGCCAUGAUCGCCAAUCUCCAAAAUGAAGUGGCUACCAUGUCUCAGAGGCUGAUGAAAGUACAGGCAGCACGCAACCGAAAUGACAAGGAGAUGGGUCAGAAGCUAGAGCGCCUGGAUCAGGACAUUGAUAACAAAAAGUCUGAGAUUGAAUCCUUGAAAGAGCAGAUCAACGGCCUCCAAAAAGGAUACAGUGGUAUAUUGUAUCAGACCCUCACUGAGAGAAACGUGGAGAUUGCAAAUCUGAAAGCCGAAGGGGAGAAUUUAAAGAAAGAACAAGCAUUGCAUGCAGAGCUGGUAGCCAAUUUGCAAAACGACAUCGGAUUAAAGGACAGCAUGGUCCACAAACUAAGGCAGGAGGUGGACAAACUGAAGAGUGAAAACCAAGAAAAGGAGUAUCAGCUUUCGGCCAUCAAUUCCAGGUAUACACAACUGAAAGAGGACUUGAAGGAAGAUGAGCUGGAAGCCAAAGACAAAGAACUAAAAGCAUGCAAAAGUCAAAUCAAAGACCUUGAGCAGCAAAUGAAAGACCUGGGGGAACAGCUCCAAAAGAGCUGCGAUGAGCAAAACCUCAUCUCCAAGACACUGAAAGAAAAGAACAAGUGGGAGCCCUGGAAAAUGGCCCCUGUGGGGGUGAAAAAAUUCUAG